AAAAAAUAGAAAAUGGAAAAUGGAAGAAAAUCGAAAGUUGAAUUUGAAAAUUUCUUCGCAUUACAUCCAGUACUUAAUCUCUGAACUCUUCAGUUGUAGAGAAGCACAGUUGAAAUGAGUGCGAAGGUGCUCCCUUCGUCCAGGAGUGAAUUGGACAUUUACUUGAAGGGAAAUGAAUUAAGGACGAAAUUUCAUGACUUGUUUGAUGCUUAUCACAUUUCACAGGCUGAUAAUAAAAAGAAACAAGAAAAGAAAAAGGCAAAGAAGAGAUCAAAAUCAAAAUCUAAAGAUAAAAAAUCUAAGAGAGACAAAAGCCCAGAAACCUCUGAAUCAGCACCACCUACCUUAGAGAUAUGUGGCAAUCCUUCAAUGUUUACAGUUUACUCAACUGUGAGACAGUCCAUAUUGGAACAAUGUAUGAAAGAGGCUACACAGAUCUACCACCAGAGUCAGUCCUUACCAUCAGAUUCAGAAACAGAUGAAGAACGGGAGGAGAAAAGUAGAGAAGGACCAAUCAAACUUCCAAAGAUUGUUGGUCUUGGUUUAACCGGUGUAUUUGAGCUUGUUAAAGACACAAGACAUAAGUAUCCAGAGCUGUGUGUAAGAGCUCUAACUGCUUUGCUAGAUAUGUUACAGGGACAACAGCCUGAGAGUAUGAAGUCUGAACCAGCUGAUGUAAUAGAACACUUCUUCAGUCUUUUGAUGGAAAUAUCUACUGAGCCAGGACCAGACAAAGACUUGUCAGCUUUAGCAUGUUCUUCUCUGCUUAGUUUGGUCGUGGCCCUUGGAGACACAGGAAAACUUCUGACAGCUGUAAUGGCAAUGUUAAUGGCCAAUGGAUCAUUGUCAUCACAAGAAAUUAUGGUACCAGGCAUAUUGACAGGACUACAGAAGAGUGUGCAGGCUGUUUUACUAGGAAAAUCUAUACUACCUGAUUGGUUACACCAGGGGAUCAAAGUGGGGGCAGAAAUAAAUAGAUUUAUUGUAGAAGAUCUUCCAGAAAUAUCAGCAGAUUCUACACAGAACUGUGCGAUAGCCAGUGAUGGAGCCUACUUAUACCUACUAAACAAAGAAGGGAUAUUUAAAGUAGGCUCUGGUUAUAAAGGAACAAUUAAGAGUCAUGUUUACCUAUACAGUAAAAAUUUUCCAAACAGUGCUAAUUCAUGGUUGACAUGUGCAGGUGAUCAGCUGUUUUGUAGAACAGAUGACAACACACAUCCUUGUCUUGCUGUUGUUGACAGUAAAACAUUUGAACUAAAAGAUUCAUUUCACCUGGACGGUAAAGGUCAUGGUCCUUGUGCCUUGUUCAGUGAUGGAGAUUACAUAGGUCAGAUAGCUUCAGCCAAAGAUGAUAGUUUUGUAGUCAGAUUAUAUAAUCCAUCAGUUUCUCCCAUGUCAGUUGUUAGCGAGUUACCACUAAAAUUGACCAGGAAGUGUAUGGAUGUGUUUGGAUCAGCUCAAUAUGAUCCUGAAACAGAGAAAAGAUCUAUCAAUACAGGUUUUGAUGAAGAUUCAGUAUUUAUUGUAUCAGGAAAAGAAUUUGCCUUGGUCAGAACUUCUGGAAACAAGGUACUAUACACAGGAAGAUCUCAAGCUUUGGGAAUCAAGCAAGGAGGACCGUCUCAAGGGAAAUGGGGGGAGCUUCCUAUUACCAAGUCACCAAAGAUUAUACAGAUUUCUACAGGCCAUGAGGGUCAACAUGCAUUAUUAGUGUCAGAAGAUGGCAGUUUGUUCUUUGUUGGUACUCCUAAAAGAGGCGAAGAUGGUGAUGCUAGCUCUUCUAAGGCUCGGAGACAACCAAAAGCUGUGAAGCCAAAGAAGAUUAUCCGUAUGGAAACUAUGUCAAAGCAUGUGGUAUAUACAGCAUGUAAUAAUGGGAGUAGUGGUAUAUUGACUAAAGAAGGAGAAGUCUAUAUUUUUGGAAAAGAUACAACACAUUGUGAUCAUGCUACAGGCCAAGUAACCGAUCUGAAAGACACAGUAGCUACACAAAUAGCUUUAGGGAAGGCCCAUGCAGUAGUGCUGACAGAUAGAGGACAGGUUUAUACAUUUGGUAUCAACAAUAAAGGCCAAUGUGGUAGAGACUUCUUACCUGGAGGAGUUAAAGAAGCUAAUAAUGUAACCAUGGCAGAGGAGGAAGAGGAAACAGAGGUAGAAGAUGGUAUUUGUCCUGAUGGUAAACAUAAAUGGAAGCGGGACCAAUGCAUGGUGUGUACAGUAUGCGGAGAGUGUACUGGUUACAGUCUGAACUGCUGCAACAGUGGAGAUAAGGAGAGACAGUCUGCAAUGCUUUGUGGGUGUGGUGCAGGUGAAUCAGGAUGUUCAGAAUGUGGUAUCUGUAGAACAUGUGCUGGGGAACAGGUGUUAGAAAUGGAGGAUCAUGGGAAACAGCUAGAAUUGUUGGCUCGUCAUAAAGAUUAUCUUCCAUUUGAUGUAGAACAGUUACUGGGUGGAAAUGAAAAAUUGAACCAUGUACCAGAUCUGCCAGACAGUCCUUUAGCUCAGUUCUUUAAACGACUACUUUUGAAAAAAGAACCGAAGAGAAAGGAAGCAGCCAAAAAUCAACCUAAAGCAGCUGAACCACAAGGAAAUGACCCUGAAGGGGACUAUAACAAAGUCGUCAGUCUGCCUCCACAGGAAAUCUGCAUUGGUUCUGGAGACAUCACUGUUACACAAAUAUCAUGUGGACAGCAUCAUACAGUCGCACUGCUGCAGAAUGGAGAGGUGUUUGUGUUUGGUAAUAAUAACCAUGGUCAGCUUGGACAAGGAGAUACAACCAUUAGAGGGGCACCAGUUAAGGUAGAGCUACCAAUGGGAGCCACACAAGUAGCAGCAGGUGCACAGCAUACAGUUGCUCUUUUGUCUAAUGGUCAGGUCUAUACAUUUGGUAAUCAUAAGUCUGGAGCAUUAGGAAGAAUAGGUCAUGAUGAAGCAGGAGGGGUUAAGAACAAAAAAACUUCAUGGUAUGCAUUACCAGGCCCUAUACCAGGCAUUGGAGCAAGAUAUGGUAGAAGAGCUACAUGGAUUGGAGCAAGUGGUGACCAAACAUUUAUGAGAAUUGAUGAGUCCCUGAUUAAUGCCCAUAUACUAGCUGCUUCCAAGGUGUUUGCCAACCAAACAAGUAUUGGUCUGAUACCAACUGGAGAAGAGAAUAGAGCUGUGAUGAAAUGUCUGAUGAUCAAUAAAGUGGAUGGCAGCUGUAGAAGCUUUGGAGGAAUUGAUCAGAUAGAUCUUUCUAAACAGUCUGUAUGUUUAGAUCCUGUGUAUGAUGUUUUAUGGAGUUAUAGUCCAGAAAACAGGGAAGUAAGCUGUUUUAACAGUUUGGUGACAGAAGCACGACCUUUGACCUCACAAGGUCACCAACAAUGUGGUUUGUUUAAACCAGAAUUAGCUGUUCCUGUGAAAAUGGGUCACAAGGCUACAAGGUCACAUUGUGCAUUGCAUGUUUUAGGUUGUUUAGAUACACUGAAUCUAGCCCAGCAAUUAAACCUAACAGUAAAAGAAGAGGCUAAGGAGAAACUGUCUACAGCUAAAGUUUAUUCCAAAGAGGACUAUGCUGUUGUCAAUAGAUUUGCUAGUCAUGGAGGAGGUUGGGGAUACUCUGGUCAUUCAAUGGAGGCUGUCAGAUUUAUGUGUGAUACUGAUGUCUUGUUGGGAGGGUUUGGUCUCUUCGGAGGACGUGGAGAAUACUAUGGCAGAAUUAAGUUGUUUGAAUUGGGCCCAGAUGGAGGUGACAAUGAGACAGAUGGAGAAAUGCUUGGUGAAUCUGAUGAAGUGGUGUAUGAGUGUGGAGCCAGGGAAAAAUAUGCAAUGAUGUUUGAUGAGCCUAUCCAGAUACAGGCCCAAUGUUGGUAUGUGGCCUGGGCCAGAAUUUCUGGUCCAAGCAGUGACUGUGGAUCUAAUGGUCAACCAGUUAUUUCCACCGACGACCAAGUUGUAUUUAAAUUUAAGAGUUCUAAAAAGUCCAACAAUGGAACAGAUGUGAAUGCAGGACAAAUACCACAAUUAUUAUACAGAUUACCAUCAAGAGAGAAUAGUGGUGUUGUCAGAAAAGUAGAUUAUGUUGAACCAGCUCAUAUUCUGGGUCAGGACUUCUCGUGCUCAGUAACCCCUGAAUGUUUCGAUGCUCUUCUUUCAUUGAUACAGUGGUCAUGGACUACAUUUAAUUCUUCCAUUGUUGAAGCAGAUGGUAUAAAGGGAGAUAACUAUAAUGCUGCUUUGUCAGAUAUCAGACAAUUAGUCUACGUCAACAAAGCGUGUCUACGAUUGGUCAGGACCUAUGUAGGACAAAUCUACCCUGAUGGAACAACAUCACAUAGAACAGUGACAGAAUCUGAGAAGCUAGCAGAAUGUAUUGGCAAAACUCAAGACUUACUUAGGACAAUUUUAGCGGAGGAAGUUCAACCUUCAACGAAGGUCAGAGUGUACCUAUCAGAGCCAGGCAGCCAUUCAUUGUUCCAUCAGUUAGAGGAAGAAGUUCUUAAUGAAUGUCACAUCACUUUCAGGGCCUGUUUUCAUGCGUUUUAUCCCACAGGAAAUUUGAAGUGGUUAUGUUUGUGUGAUCUUCUUGGAAUGUUAGACCCUGGGCACUUCAAAUAUAUGGAAAUGCUGAACAUAAACGGUUAUGGAAGAUUGCUUGCUGCAGUAAUGGAGGCCAUGUGCCACCCAACCAUCCGACUUACCAACAUCAUGCCAAUCAACAGUGAACCUAAGACCGAAGAGAUCCUUAGACGGCAGUCGGUUGUCAUGGAUGACAAUACAAACAGUAUGGCGAGACUCAAUGAUCAACAUAGAUUUCCUUUACUGGUGUCACACAUGACAUAUAGAAUGGAGAUGGCUGGAUUAGGUGGGAAUCAGGUAUCAUUUCGUGAAGUGUUAGAUAAAUUAUUGACAGUUAUAACGUUGCCUGUGAGACAAGAGCUAGACAGGGAUAAACCCUCAUAUCCUUCAGUAUUGGUGGAUAAUACAUGUGCUUUACUGUCUACUAUCAUCAGUGAACUGUCAGCUACUUCCAUUGGUUUAGAGAUGGAUUUGUCAAGUACAUCCACACCACUACUAGUAACACCAAACCGUUUUACAAGAACCAGUCAGAGUGCUAGUUGGAACACAGGGAAUGGUAGUCCUGAUGCUAUAGCUUUCUCUGUUGACAAGUCUGGGAUUGUUAUUGCUGGAGUUUGUAUCUAUGGUGGAGCUGGACAGUAUCAGUAUGAACUGGAACUUUUGGAUGAUAUAUCUGGAGGACAGAGUGAGACUUCUCCAGCGCAGAGAUGGAAUAGUUUAGAGUUAGUCAAAGGUUGUUAUGGUCCAGAGGACUGUGUCAAUGAUAUAGCUGAAAUCAAGUUUGAUAGACCUGUAUCUAUUAAGGAAGGAUUAAAGUAUACACUGAGGUUGAAAAAUCAUGGUCCAAAAACAUUGAAUGGUGAUGGAGGUAUGAACAAGGUCAAAUGUCCAGAUGGUACGAUCUUCACCUUCUCAGCAUGUUCUUUGAGCAGUAAUGGUACUAACCACAUGAGGGGACAAAUACCACAAAUUUUGUACUACAGUGCCCCACAAGAUGGUGAAAAUCAACAACAAAGCAACAAGACCUUAGCAGAACUACAAGCUAGGAAGAAUGCCAUAGAUAUUGUAGGAGCUAUAUGUAGGAUGGCUACAGAUAUGUUACACAGAGCAAAUAGUUUGCCACCAGAAAUUGUUACCAGGAUUCUUGGCAAUUCACAUCUUUUCUCGUCCCUGAUACCAAUGAUUCUGGCACACAUAGGACCCGUCGCUUCACAGGACCCUAGGGGAUCAGUGCAAGUCCUUGGAAUGAUUCAGGAAAUAUUACCAGCUGUAGCUUCACUGAACAACCACAUAUCUCCACCCCCAGAACUCGAUGAACCUGGCACAGAAAUUAAUGGUGGAACAACAUCACAACAUUAUGCUAUUGUUGAGAGUGAACACCCAUACAAACCGGCAACAGUGUCACAUUAUAAGGUGACCUUCCCUGAACAAGUAAAAUGGAUGGCAGUAGAGUUUGAUCCUGGCUGUGGAACAGCACAGACUGAGGAUGUCUUACAGCUGUUGAUUCCUACCAGACUUGGACCAGAAGAGAUUGCCUCACCACCUGCAAAUAGAAAUGAAGAAACUAAAACAAAUAGGAAAUACUGCUCUGUAUUUAAAAAGUUUUCUGGAGCUGACAAUUGGCCUAAACAGGCACUUAUUCUACCAGGUAACAAAGUAGUGUUUUCACUUGAGACAGCAUCAGACUAUGUUAAGGAUGAGAAAGCUUGUUUCUUUGGAUUUAAAUGUGUUGUUGUUGGUUAUGAAUGGAAAACAAGACCAGAAGAGACAAUUUCCCAGUUAGAAAGAGAACUUUCUUAUCUUGGUGGAAUGUGUGCUGGAUCUUUGAUCAAGAAAGACAUCUCAUUACCUCCAGUAACAGUUGAGGAAUUAGAAGAAGACAUGGAAUACAUAGAAGAAGGUUCAUUGAUGGUAUUCAAUGAACAUUCAAAGCUGUUAGGUAAAGGAUUUGCCUUGUCACACCCUCCAUCAAUCAUGCAGGCACUAGAAGGAAAUCUACCGUUCUGUUGGCAGUCCAAUGAAAGAUCUUUCCUGAAGGAUUUUAUUGCCUGUAAUCCAGGAACCAGUGGUGGGCGAAUAGCCAGAUGGCUACAACCAGACUCGUACCUAGACCCAAGCCAGUGUGAGCUGGUAUAUAAUAAGGAAGACCUAAGAUGUAGCUGGCCUGCUCUUCUCACAGUAAACACCAAAGACCAGUAUGGGAAUCUUGUGCAAGUCAGUAAUCUAAAGGUUGAGGUCAAAGCUAUUCCUGUUGAUCAAGGAAUUAUGGGAGAUGACAAUAAAAAGAUGAGACGUUUGAGUCGUCCUGACAACAGUAAUAUGACCUUUGGAGGUCAUCCUCCUCCUUGUUUAGAUGUGCCCUAUGAACCUACAAUUAAGGAUAAAAAGGAUAUCUUUCAUGCUAUCUGUAUGAUGAAGCCAUAUGAAAACUAUUCCUUUGAAGAACUAAGGGUGGCAGCCCCAGCUGUGCCACGUCCAAGUGAGAACAUGUUAGUUAGAAGUAAUAAUGAUGGAACUUAUUUAGUAAACUGGACUCCAGGAAGUGUAGGACUUUACAGUAUACAUGUCACUAUUGAUGGGUUUGAUACAGGUGAAGUGUACAAAGUAGAUGUAAAAGAUCCACCACAGGGCAUUACCCCUCCAAGUCAGACUGAGAAAAAACCACAUCACACUAAUAAAUUGAGAAAGUUUGUACAGAAGUAUAGUUCUGGGUUGAGAGCUAGAACUAACCCAUCACUGCAAAGUGAACAGAUAGGAGUUAUUCCCCCUGAAGGAAUAAUUGCAUUUGUUGAUGAGAUCCACAAUGACGAUGGUGUAUGGUUGAGACUUAGCCAGGAAUCCAUCAGAGAGCACUGUACCAAUGGUCACAUUGAAGGCUGGGUUCUACAGUAUAACCAACACCUAGGCAAAACUCUACUGGUACCAGUGGAGGAACCUAAGUCCAUAGCAAAAGAAAUCAUCAAAGAAACUAUAAGGAGAAAUCUAAAAGCUGAGGCUACUAAACAUAGGAGAGGUCCUGGUGUCUAUCAAGUUAUAAAAUGUGGCUCCUUUGGACACAACAUUCGAUGUGGAGCAGGUCUGAAAUCGACACCAGUUGGAAUGUUUACGCUUGAAGAUAAAGUUUUAGCCAUUGCAGAUAAAACUAAUCAAGAUGGUUAUUGGAUAAAGCUUGAUCCUGAGAGUGCCGAGAGUUUCUGUCAGACAAAGAAAGGAGAAUUCUGGACAUUGGUUCAGGGCAAAGAAGGGAUAGUGUAUCUCCAGCAUGAAAGUGAUGUUAAGGAAGGCAUCACCCCUGUAGAGAAUGAACCCUUCUCCUUCAGUUCUCCUCCUAAUGGGGCCUCAGGAGGGUUUAAUUUUGGAGCCUCAACUCAGAUUCCAUCUGUUAACUCUGUAUUUGGCUCUUUGAUAGGUCCAGCGCCAUCUGGGGGAUUUGGAAGAAGUGCCAGUCUACCAACAAAUGUCUUUUCCUUUGGAUUCCAAGGGAGUACUCCAUCCCCAGCACCUACAUUUGGACAGAGGCCCAUCAGUGAAGGGUAUGCGGGCAGGGCCAGUUUUGACAGUUCCUUCCAUUCCUCAGAUAUGACACAUACAACAUCACAUCCAUCAUUUGGAUCAGAAUCACCUUUCACUCCUAGCUCUGCCUCGUUUGCCAAGAUGGACACUUCAGUACGAUCAAAGUCGCCAAUGUCAACAACAAGGUCACCUGUAUCAGGGUCCCCUAAGUCUUCCAGGCGUGACCCAGGAAUACCACCAGAGUUACAGGGUGUGUCAGUGAAAGAUUUAGUCAAGGCAUUAGUAUGUAGCUGCAAGGAUAUAAUGAAACUAAGUCACCUAGUUGGUGAGAGUAGAGCCAAUGGAAAUGGUCCAACACCAGUACCAUCCCCUCCUGGGACCCCUAAAAAAUCAGGAUCCAGAAGUUCUAGUCCUCACCUGGCCCCAGAUGUUGCAGGUUCUCCAAGAACAGGCUCCCCUAUAAGGAGUCUCAGUCCAAAACAUUCGAAAUCAGAUUCUCCAAGAACAGGCUCCCCCAUAAGGAGCCUUAGUCCAAAACUUUCCAAAUCAGAUUCUAAAACUGUGGUGUCUGAGUCUUCAUCACAAGCUUCACUGAAGGAAGAACUUUUCACAACACCACCAGAUAGUCCUAUACCUAUACGGAAAAAAAAUUUAAAAAAAGAACCAUCGUUUGAUCGCUUCUCCCAGUCACCUCCUGGCUCUCCUGUAAUGAAGGGGAGAUUGUCGGAUGCUUCAAAAGAUGGGAGGUCAUCACCUUUGAGAGAGAGUUUACUGAGUAACAGUCAUGCAACAGUACCAACUAGGAGAGACAGUUUUGGAAGUCCUCCAACACUCCCUGGGAGAAAGGACAGUAUUGGAAGUCCUGUGCCUCAGAGGAGGGAAAGUUUUGGAAGUCCUAGGCACACUUCUCCUGUUAGAACUAUUAGUCCACAGAGAGGAAGUCCUAGGAGAGGGAGCAGUCCUUUACUACAUCACAACUCCCCUAGAUCAUCACCUGUACUAGGAUCAGACCAGACUGCUGCUGAUAAAUACUUCAACAUAGGAUCUGGUUCAGCUAAAGAUGAGUCACCAAGGAUGUCUCCUAAACCAGGGCGUAAAGAUAGAAGACAACUACGGUCAAAACGUGACAGACCAAAUUCACCUUCUAUUCAAGAUAUAGCUCCUGUGGCCAGAAAUAGGUCUUCCUCCACUUCAACCAUCCUUGAAAAACCCAAAGAGCCAGUGAAAGAGGCCUUAUCCCCAUCUGUAGCAGAAUGUUUGAGAGCUGUGUUUGCUGCCUUCCUUUGGCAUGAAGGUAUUGUCCAUGAUGCUAUGGCCUGUGCCUCCUUUUUGAAAUUUCAUCCAGAUUUGAAAAAGGAAAUGUCCAAAUUUGCCAGUAAGAAGAAACAGGAGAAAAAUAUUCGAGUCAGGCAUGCUACCGAUUCAAGCAAAGAACUUAAUAAAACGAGGGAAAAUAUUAACAUAAAUGAAGCAAGGGUUCGAUUUAAUUUAGAACCCCAGUUUUUAAGAAGUGAUUCUGAGAAGUCAGAUAAGUCUGACAAAUCGGACAAAAGUGACAAGUCUGACUCCCCUGUAUUGGCCAAAGAAUUGAAGUAUAACAAGAAACCUGUAGAAAGACAUAAGUCAGAAGGUAGUGUCAGCCAUUUUGGACAAGAUGACCUUGACAAAGACAAAGAUAAGUCAUCUGCUCUUCCUCUUACUUUACAACACUUGGUGUAUUUCUGGGAAGAAUUGUCAUGUGGAAUAUUACGAGUAAUUUUACAAGAUUUGGUGUACCCAAGUGCUGCUGUGACAUUGAAAGCAAAGAAAGGGGAAAAGAAAGACAAAGAGAAAGAGAAGGAAAAGAAGAAUAAGAAAAAGAAAGAGCACAAACAGGUAAUGAGAGGAAAUGCUAUUGGAGAAGCUAUGGUUGGAAUCUUUGGAGGAGGAGGAGGAGGGGGUGCUGCAUAUAAGGGUGACACCUGGUGUGAAUUAUGUGGGGGAACUUUUCCACAUCCUGUGACAUACCACAUGCGACAGGCCCACCCUGGUUGUGGCAGACAUGCAGGAGGCAAGGGAUACAACAGUAGUGGAAACUUUUGUGGUGGAUGGGCUGGCAACUGUGGGGAAGGGGGUUAUGGCGGAAGUGGAUGGUAUUUGAUUUGUGAAACAUGUAGAGACAAAUAUCUGAAGGAUAAAAAACAACAACAGAAAGAGAAAGACAAAGCUAAGAAAUUAAAGAAGAAAAAUGCUCAGUCUAGAGCUCAAGCAAUUCUGAGCCCUCAGGAUCCUCAUGUUGUGUUGAAAGCUAAUGCCAUGUUUUUAUUAGACCUAGCCAGUGCUUCAGGUUUCACAUUGCCAGUCCAAUCACAUAAAAAGCAUAAUAACCAACAUAACUCAGAUUUAUUGCUUCCUAGUGUGUAUGAAGAGUACGGACAAGAGCUUAAUCCAUUUCCACCGGUUCCCUUCACAUUUCUUGUACGACAAGGAGCUCAGAAUUCUGACUCUGCUUUCGCUGACGAUUUCUACAUUGAUGCUGAUGAGAGAGUAUUUGUUAGAUCUGGAUCUAUGAGUAUAGCAACUAGAAAUGUGUCAUUCACCAGACCUAGGCUGCCGACAGAACCUAGACACAGUCCAUUAGCUAGGUCAGGUUCACUAGGACAGGACAUGAGACCAGCACUGUCACAUAUAUCACCUCCUAGUCCUAAGGACUUUAAUGUGGAAAACAACAGCAAUGCUUCUGACAACAAACUGACACCCAGGAGUGCAGGUACCAGUCCAGAAUCUGAACAGGAUCAAAUUCCUAAGAAGACAGCCUUCCAAAGAAGUAUAUCAGAAUAUGUAUCUGAUAAUGAUGACAAUAACGAUAGGAAUAAGUUUUCUGGUCGACGGAGAAAUAACAGUGGAGGUGUCACAGAUGGAGGGAUGUCCCUGUUAAAACAUCCAUCAGCUGCCAUGUCUGCACUUAUAAAGUCUGUAGACAAGGGUGGUUCAGAAAAUGAUGGGGACAGAACAUUACAGAGACCUGUGAUGUCAUUCAUAGUCCAGAGACAUGAUCUGGAUGGGUUACAACUAGCCAUGAGACAAGCACUGAGGAAGGCAGCUUGUAGAGUAUUUGGCAUGCAGGCAUUGAACUGGUUACUGAGAAGUGUGACACAGAUUGUAUGUUUACAUGAUUUGAUGUGGUUUUUCGUGGCCUCACUAACACCUCCCUCUGAGGAAGAAGAGGAGGAGGAGGAAGAACCAGAGAAAGGGAAAGAGAAAGAGAAAAAGAAGAAAGAAGUGAAAAAAGAUCAAGAGGAUGCACCAGUUUGUGAACAUCCAUUACAAGAUGUGACUGUAGCAGGGCAGGCAGUUGAACCAUUGUUAGAAGUGUUCCAUACAUUACUGCAGACGACAGCUGAUGUCAUGAUGCAGUUACCAUGGGGAUCACCUAUACAGCAAAUGGCAGUCCAUUGUUUCUGUUUAAAUUUCCGACCGUCAGAUCAUCAGUUCCUCCAUGAAAGCCAUGUUUUCAGUAACAUCAGUAGAAUACUCAGUAAAUCUGAGGAGGAGAGUGAAGAAACUGCUGACUCACCACAGAUUACUAAGAGUAGAAUUCAGUCUUGGGUGGCUACUUACUCUAUAUGUAACCUGAAAGAUUUGACACCAUCAGCAGAUAUAAAGGUUUCUAGUAGACAGGCAAUGAUAUCCAGUCUCACAGAUAACUCAACAGAAACAUUCUGGGAGAGUGGAGAUGAGGACAGGAACAAAACUAAAUCAGUAACCAUCACAUGUUUUAUGAAGGCCUUCCCUAAGGUGGUUUACAUUCACAUAGACAAUACCAGAGAUUUAGCAAAUAAAGUUGCAUCAAUAACAAUUAAUGCAGGGCCUAGUGCAGAUGAUUUAACAAAACUAGAACAGGUUGAUGUGGACACAAGAUUUACAGGGUGGCUCAGUUGCCACAUACCAGAACCCAAAUGUAGAUGUGUCCACCUUGAAUUGAAGGGUCCAGACCAUAAUCUGAGGGUCAGGCAGGUGAAGGUCCUUGGUGAGAUGGAAGGGGAGAAUAUUCACCUCUCUGUCAAGAAGAGUGCACUUGAUUUACAGCAGGAGAACUGUGAGACUGAGACACUUAGGGUCUUCAGGAUGCUGACAUCACAGGUAUUUGGUAAACUAAUAGUGGACAAAGAAGCUGACAGUGAGGAGAGGAAGAAAUCAUUAGAACCUGCAGACAGUAUGGAUGGUGACCAUGAUCUCAAGGAACAUAUGGUGGGAAUACUGUUCAGUAGAAGUAAACUAUCACACCUACAGAAACAGGUUUGCUCACACAUAGUACAAGGAAUAAGAAAAGAAACUUCCAAGAUAAGAGAAGAAUGGGAGAGUUCACUGACUGGUAAAUCUCCUACACUUUCUGAAAACAGUGACCAGGAUGCCUAUUGUUUUGAGCUACUGUCCAUGGUAUUAGCUUUAAGUGGUUCAGGGGUAGGAAGGACUUAUCUUGCACAACAGUAUCCCCUGUUACAGGACCUGUUUAGUUUGUUACACACUGGAACUCCUAGGAUACAAAGACAAGUUAUAUCAGUCUUGCGUAGAGUCUUGCCAGAGGCCAAACCACAGACCUUAGCCAGUAUUCUGUCUGUCCCUAACCUUCCUCCAUCAGAGUAUAGUAUUGUUAGUCUGGCCAGUAGAGAAGAUGAGAACGAGGUCUAUGAUGUCAACAAACCAGGAAUAUUGGAUGUGUUACUGGCUUGUAUUGGUAAAGCUUUGACUGUUCAAACCAAAAUCAAAGCCAGUGGUCCACAAAAAGGGGUGACUAGUAUGACCUUGUCUGAAUGUCAACUAGAUAGUAAAUCUGCAAGUUCUACUGGAUCAAGAUGGUGGAUGAGAGGGAAGAUGGAUUCUGCAAUGGCAAAUAAGAUUAUCAGUCUUAUACAGGAUAUGGCUUCUGGUUUAUUGUCAGAAACCUGGGCGACAGUUACCAAGGCAGCAGUUGCUGAAGCUAUAUUAGCACUGACUAAGUUGGAUGAAAGUGUUAGAGCUCCUCAGACCUGUGUUAAAACACCUACUAUGUGGUUGUCCUUGUCAUCUCUUUGUGUACUGGACCAAGACCAUGUAGAACGUUUGACCUCUGGUCAGUGGGUCAGUAGCCCUAAUGGUCAACAUGGACAGCCUAGGCCAACCUGUGACAAUCAUGAUGAUGGAGAAACACAAGCCAUAAUACUCUGUACAGAAUGUGGUAACUUGUGUGCUGAUUGUGAUAGAUAUUUACAUUUACCCAGGAAAAACAGAAAUCAUCAGAGACAGGUAUUUAAGGAAGAAGAAGAAGCCAUUAAAGUUGACCUCCAUGAAGGAUGUGGUCGGACUAAGUUAUUCUGGUUGAUGGCUUUAGCUGAUUCCAGAACACUCAAAGCUAUGGUGGAAUUCAGAGAGGGUAAACAAGCAACAGCCAAAGCAGGUCUUGGUGUGUGUAGAUUCUGUGGCACUACCAGUAAUACAGGUUUACUAGCUAUAGGAAAUGUGUGUGCAGAUCCAGAGUGUCAGGAAUAUGCUAAGACAGCAUGCAUAAAGACAUUGCCAUGUGGUCAUCCAUGUAGAGGUAUUAAAGAUGAGGAUCCAUGCUUACCAUGUUUACAUCGUUGUGGUAAGCAGGAAACUCUCAAACAGGAUGCAGACGACAUGUGCAUGAUCUGCUUCACUGAAGCUCUUGAAGCUGCUCCAGCUAUACAGUUGAAAUGUAACCAUGUUUUCCACUCACACUGUGUCAGAAAUGUAUUAAGUAAGAGAUGGGUUGGACCUAGGAUUACAUUUGGUUUCUCGCUAUGUCCCAUUUGUAAGGCAACAAUUGACCAUCCUGUGUUAAGAGAUUUACUAAAGCCAAUCCAGGAAUUAUUUGAGGAUGUCAGAAGGAAGGCCAUGAUGAGGCUGGAAUAUGAAGGUCUACACAAGGCAGAGGCUAUCACCACACCAGGGGCAAGAUUCUAUCAAGAUCCUGCAGGAUUUGCUAUGGAUAGAUAUGCAUACUAUGUCUGUUAUAAAUGUAACAAAGCAUACUAUGGUGGUGAGGCUAGAUGUGAAGAACAGGCAGGAGCUGUAGAGGAGUACGAUCCACAGGAGUUAGUGUGUGGGGGAUGUUCUGACGUCUCUAGGGCUCAGGUAUGUCCAAAGCAUGGAACAGAUUUCUUGGAAUACAAAUGUCGUUACUGUUGUUCCGUGGCUGUAUUCUUCUGUUUUGGUACAACACAUUUCUGUAAUGCCUGUCAUGACGACUUCCAGCGCAUCACAAAUAUACCUAAACUAGAACUCCCAAGAUGCCCUGCUGGACCUAGAGGUAAACUUAUGGAUGGAGACGAGUGUCCCUUACAUGUUAAACAUCCCCCAACUGGAGAAGAAUUUGCCCUCGGAUGUGGUGUCUGUAGGAAUGCACAUACAUUUUAGUUGUGUGGCAACUGCAUCAGCAUAUACGCAGUAUAUGAUGGCAUAUAUGUGGACAAUACUUAUGUUUUGCAAGAUUUAAAUGAAUUUUGAUAUGCAAGUUGUAUUGUAACUGAAAGAAUUUUUAAUGUUAAGACACACAGUUCUUCUUAUAUAUGUAGAAAUUUCUUGUUUGUUGAAAAUUAUGUAAAAAAAAGUUAUGAUCACAGUAUUAUGAAAUAAGCAUUCAUUAUUGGUGAAAAUUACCAGGAACAUUUUCUCUUUCAAAGGUAAAAUCAAAGUGUAGUUUAUAAAAGGUUAUUUUUAUGUUUAUUGUUUUGCUUAGUUACUGUUGAAAGACAUUAACCAGCAUUAAUCAUAAAUUUAAAGUAAAUCAAACAAAUAUUUACCUGAAACUGGUAUGAUUAGAAUAUCCAGUUUUAGAAGCAUUUUAAGAAUUAUGAAAAACAUUGAAAUGCUUUCUAAAUUUUGAUUGAUUAUAAGCUCCCUGAUUGUCAAAUAAAAUUCAAAUGGAAGCAGAGGAGCUUUACACUUAUUUUGUAUAGGAAUAUAAGACUUGACCAGUUUGAACCUGUAAAGAAAAAAUACAAUUUCAAACAGGUUCCUGAAAACCAUAUUUUGUUUGUUAAUGAAUGUUUUAAAUGUGUAACUUAGUGCUAUAUUAAUAAUUACUUUGUUUGAUCUGUGAUAUUAAAUAUAAUAUUU